GUCAAAGUUGAAUCCGCUUUAGCUUUUGUGCUAAGCAGCAGAGUGGAGUCCCAUCGAAGCGCGGCGUCUCUUCCCUCUUCCCCAGAUCCUUUUCAAAGUCCCUCCCGAACCUCUCCCCCUUCUUCCCUUGUCACCCUACCCAACCCCUGGACACACAUUGACGGACGGUUUGGGUAUUUGGCCUGUGACCAAAGAUUCACUCCUGUCUGUCACAUCCAGCUGCAUCAAUGGACUCAAGUCUGGUUGAAGGAGGACUAAAUGUCACCCUAACUAUCAGGUUACUCAUGCAUGGAAAGGAGGUUGGAAGUAUAAUUGGCAAGAAAGGAGAGUCAGUGAAGAAAAUGAGAGAGGAGAGUGGAGCUCGCAUCAACAUCUCUGAGGGGAACUGUCCAGAGAGGAUCAUAACGCUGGCAGGACCCACCACCUCCAUCUUCAAAGCGUUCUCCAUGAUCAUCGAGAAAUUGGAGGAGGACAUCAGUACCUCGCUAACAAACAGUACAGCCACCAGCAAACCACCAGUCACCAUGCGCCUCGUUGUGCCUGCCAGCCAGUGUGGCUCACUCAUCGGCAAAGGGGGCUGCAAGAUCAAAGAAAUUAGAGAGUCAGCAGGAGCUCAGGUACAAGUAGCAGGGGACAUGUUGCCCAACUCAACAGAACGCGCCAUUACCGUUGCAGGGACGCCACAGUCCAUCGUUGAGUGUGUCAAGCAGAUCUGCGUUGUCAUGCUUGAGUCGCCUCCAAAGGGAGUAACCAUCCCAUACCGACCCAAACCCUCGGGCUCUCCUGUCAUCUUUGCAGGUGGUCAGGCGUACGCUGUCCAAGGACAGCACACCAUUCCUCAGCCUGAUGUAAGUGAAGGGCCAUCUCUCACCAAACUCCACCAGUUGGCCAUGCAGCAGAGCCCCUUCCCCGUUGCGCACAGCAACCAGGGCUUCCAAGCUGGGAUGGACGCCUCUGCACAAACUGGCUCGCAUGAACUCACCAUUCCCAACGACCUCAUCGGCUGCAUCAUUGGCCGUCAGGGCGCAAAGAUCAAUGAGAUCCGUCAGAUGUCGGGCGCUCAGAUCAAAAUUGCCAAUCCUGUGGAGGGUUCCACCGACAGACAGGUCACCAUCACUGGCUCCCAUGCCAGCAUCAACCUUGCCGAGUACCUGAUCAACGCUCGGCUGUCCUCUGAAGCCACUGGACUUGCAGCCAACUGACGUGGUGGUUCCUCAUCAAAUCUAAUAUUGCCCCCGCCCCGACUUUUUACCAAGAGGUCCCUUAUUGAACUUCAUGCAAAAAUACUAUGAACUCAUGAGCUCCUUUACUUUGGGUUCUAUAUGCCUCGGUUGUAACUAUGGCAACAUCGUGAUCAAGGUAUUCUAUUUAUUUAUAAAGUUUGAAAUUCCCAUUCCAAUAAUUUCUAAAGACUUCUGGUAAUUUUUUUCUGUAUAUCUUUAUGGUCUUGAUCAAGGUUCAAAUGUUUUAGAAAAAUCUGAAAAUGCAUAAAUCUUUUUGUAUGUCAGAUUUUUCUUAGAAAAUGUAAAAAUGAAGAAAAAAACACUCAAAUUAUAGACGGACUGUUCUUUCCCCUCCCUUCUGAAUAUAUUUAUUUUUAUUUAAGACGGCUCCUUGUAAGAAGAGAAUCUAUUGAUAUUUGGAGCUGUGCUUCUUGAGCAAUGCAUUAUGGGUUUGACGGGUUUUUAAUGGGUCACGGCCUCAGUUGAAGUUGAACGCAGGAGGAGGGGGGAAUAGAAAAGUUUGCCAUUGUAUGAAUUUUAAUCUGUUUGGUCUCACCUCGGAGUAAUUGUCAUUCCUGUGUUUCAUCAGUUUCAGUUGAUUGGAAAUUUUGACGAUUGUUUUGUAUUAUUCUGAUGUGGGCGGGUGGGUCUUUGUUGCCAGCAACGGGCCUGAAUGAGAGGAAAAUAUUUUAUUUCCGAAAUUACUAAAGACCACACUAAUGACAAUGAUAACGUUUGAAAAGGUUGUUUUAAAUAGAGAAAAUAUUUUUUUUAACUGCUGGGCUGGGGAAUGCUGCCAGACAAUAAAAGUCAUGUUGGUAUUUAAUAGUAUAUUAUUAUGCUAAGCUGUUAACUUAUGAUAAACUAGAAGGAAAUUUAAUAAUAGAAUAACACUAAUAUCCUGUUACCCUUUUUGUUUUGUUUUUUUUUGCCUGGGUCAGAUUUUUUUAUUUUAUUCUUUGCAGGAUGAAGAAACUCACGGUUUGUGCACGAUUUCAAACUAUUAUAGAUCCGGGUGCAAUUAAAUUGUUGAGGAUAAAAAUGCAGAAAUUAAAAACAUGUGAGAUGCUUAAACAC